AGAAUUUGGCUAACAGCUGCUUUCUACUUAUGUUUAUUUAGAAAUUACUAAUAAACAUGCCUUUAAUAAUUAUAUGUGGCACACCAGUCAGUGGUAAAACAACUCGUGCUAAAGAAUUAAAGGAUUUCUUUGAGAACAAAUAUGGGAAACGUGUAGAAAUUAUAUCAGAAGACGAGGCUAUAAUUAAGUUAGGUUAUGAGAAAAACGGUGCUUAUUUGGACUCGCAAAAAGAAAAAAGAAUACGCGGUUACCUAAAAUCAGAGGUGCUCAAGCUAAUAGGAAAAGACAGUGUUGUUAUAUUGGAUGGCAGUAACUAUAUAAAAGGUUACCGUUACGAACUGUAUUGUGCUUCAAAGGCAUCAAAAUGCACUCAAUGUACACUAUACACUAUCAGGAAUCAUGAGGAAGCAUGGCAAGAUAACAAGAAAAGAGUGAGUGAGACAGAAAACAGUGAAGGAGAAGGAAAUAUAGAUAUGGUACCAUAUACAGAAGAAGUGUUCAAUGCAUUGUCAAGACUUAGAUUUGAAGAACCAAAUUCCAAUAAUAGAUGGGACAGUCCACUGUUCACGGUGCAACCAACGGACACAUUAGACUUGGAGAGUGUAUACCAGGUUCUAUUUGAGAGGAAACCACCUCCUCCUAACAUGAGUACUCAGAACCCUCCACUGACCUCAACGAAUUUCCUAUACGAAUUAGACAAAGUAACACAAUCAAUAUCAAAAUGUAUACUCGACGCGAAACAGCUGGACCAGGAUGAAGUGAGGUUCCCGGAGUACCCCGGCUGCGAGUUGGACUCCAGUUUCGUACAAUGUGUGAAUCCUCAGAAGCUACUGGUACUCAGAAGACAGUUCCUCACGUAUGCAAAAGCCAACCAUUCGAAUGAAGAUGUGAAUAAGAUAGGUAGAUAUUUCGUGCAAUAUUUGAAUAAAACUUUAACUGAUUAAUAUAUUACUUUCAUU